AUGGAAAAGCCUUCCAAAGAAAAUGAAGGGCAACCCAAGGGCAGCGUGCCACAGACAGAGGAAGAACGCCCCUACGGAGCAUGUGAACAGCAGCGAAUAGAAGGGAAUUUUAGACAGAGACUGCUUCAGUCUCUCGAAGAUUUUAAGGAGGAUGUAGAUUACAGGCAUUUGAAGCACGAAGAAGUGACAAGAGAAGUAGAUGAGAUGGAGAGGUGCCUGGAAGAGAUAAGAAGUCUGAGAAAGAAAUUCAGGGCUCUGCAUUUUAACGAUAGGCAUUCACGGGACCGUCCUUAUCCCAUUUAA